AUGAUACACGUUCUUCCGAAAGAAACAUGGCAGGUUUUGCGCGCGGAUACUCAGAUAACCGGUAUUGACAGUGUUUUGAGAGAGCUGUUACAGAAUGCAGUGGAUGCAGGUGCCAGUACAGUCGAUGUAAGCUUUAGUAUCAAGAAGAACAUGUGUAUGGUGGCAGAUGAUGGCUGUGGUAUGACUAGAAAGGAUUUGGAUUUGUUGGGAAGGCCUCAUAUUACAUCCAAGAUACGCAACUUUCGGGACUUAGAGAGAUUUGGUAAUGGCAAUGGUACUAUGGGCUUCCGUGGGGAAGCCAUAUUUGCGAUAUCACAGAUCUCGGAGCUCACAAUGAUGACUAAGCAUAGCGAUUUUAGGGCGCAUUACUGGCGCGAUUUUCCAAUGACAUCCGUGCUUACUACAGAAGAAGACAUAAGAAGCUCGUUGCAUGCACAAUAUCUGUCAACCACACCAUUUUACGAAGAUAUCUGGGCAAGAUCGUCAGGAACAGUAGUAAUAGUGUCAGAUUUGUUCAAAUAUAUACCUGUUAGGAAGAAAACAUUGGAAAAUGUGCCUGUAGCAACUAUUACAGACUCCAUCAGAGAAGAUUUUUAUCAGAUUUUGGUCAGGAAUCCGAAUCUUAAGUUAAAUAUUUUUACUUUUGACGAUAACUAUAAAAAUUUUGAGUUUCUAAAUCAUGUCAAGGAACAAUAUUUACACUCAUUAGGCUCCAUCCCCAUUCACAAUGCCUUUAUUCGAGUGUAUGGACAUGUUGUCCCGGAUCCUUCUAUCAAAAUCGUAAAAUUAAGCUUCAGAGAAUAUAAUAUAACUGGACUUAUAUCUAACUGUCAAGUGCGAAGCAAGAGUUUUCAAUUUGUGUUUGUUAAUGGUAGAAGAUAUUCAAACUCGGAAUUUCUCGGAAAGAUCAAUAGGAUAUUUGAUCAAAGUACAUUUGCGACUAACGCAGUCGAGAAAGAUACCAGGCUAGGAAAGAGAAGCGCCAGAUCUUAUCCUUUAUUUGUCAUCAAGAUUGAUGGACCAGCUCACGUGCAAGAUCUUAUUCAGAGCACCUCAAAGGAUAUUAUCCACUUGUCAGAUGGUAAAUUAAUAAAUAUACUGAUUCUGAAAGUAAUAUAUUCGUUCCUUAAGGAUCAAGGCUUUCUGACUGAGAUUCCUACCCAGCUAAAUGAUGAUAAUUGCGAUCGUAUAGACCAAUUGGGUACUCUUGAAGAACCUAUAUUUAUGGAUAAUGAUUUUCAUCGAGAUUUUGUAAUAAGGAACAAUGUCAAAAUGGCAAAAUAUAAUAAGGUUAGCCAUGCUAACAUUAGCCACCCAUGGAAAAGGCAAAGGUUGGAUUAUCCUGUUCGCAGAACUUCAAAAUGGUGGAAGGAAAGGUCUGUAAAUGAACUACACCAAUCAAGAAUAUCUACUAAGUUUGCACCUAUAAAGAAAUGGGCCGCAUACGAAAAAUUGCAUGUAUUUGAUUAUAAAGACAGGUUUCUGAGUAGGUCUGAUGAUUUGAAGGAGGUAGAUGUCGUAAAUCAGGUUGAUCAGAAGUUUAUCCUACUAAGACAGAAAUCGGCGCGUGGGAACUUCGAAUUAUAUAUAAUCGAUCAGCAUGCCUGCGAUGAAAGAAUAAGAUUAGAAUCCUUUUUGAAACAAUAUAUUUGUGAUAUAAUGGCCAAUGCAUUGGCUGUACAAAAAAUAUUCCAAAGUAGGAUUGAGAUAGCCAUCUCCGAGAAAGAAAAUUUUGAGCAAUACCGCCAUGAAUUUUCUAAAUGGGGUAUAUACUAUAAUGUUGUUCAUUCUAAUAACAACUAUUCAUUGGAUAUUUUUGCUUUGCCUGAUAUGCUCGCCGAUAAGAUUAAAGCUAAUGAAGAACUUAAGGAUAUGAUGCUACAGCAUAUAUUUGAUUUAAAAGAUGGUUCACGAUCCAGGAUUAAAACAAUUUCUAGUUUGGAUGCACAAUUUUUAUCAGGUGGUUGGUGGAGCAACGUCAAUAAGAUUCCAUCAUUUAUUAGAAGAUUCUUUGACAGUAAAGCUUGUAGAAGCGCUAUAAUGUUCGGAGAUACAUUGAACUUGCAGGAAUGUCGAGACUUGGUUAGGAGAUUAAAUGGAUGCAUUCAACCUAAUUUUUGUGCCCACGGAAGACCGUCUGUUGUUGAACUAAUUGGUCAUCAACAUCAGUGGGAACUGAAAAACUUCACUGCUGAUUACGACUAUGAUUAA